CUGACAUGUCUGGGAAAGCUUCCAAUGAUAAGAAGUCGCGCAGAGAGGAGUUUCGGAACUUUCGGAAGUAUUUUUGCUCGUUUUCGGGGAGCGCCUCGUGUUAAAGUUGAGCUUGUCAAACCUACUGUAAGACUACAGUAUCAAAGAUCGCCGUUUUCCAAUUGAUUGAGGACCACGUCUUAACUUCAUGGGCUUUAUUUUGAGGUGUUUUUUAAGAGGUCCGUGUAGAAGGGAUGAGCUCAGGCGGCACUAAAUUGUCUUUUCUUUGAGUCGUGGACCGCGCGCGGUGAAUGAACGCUCCAGAAAUGCGCUUACAGGUAAUUGUGCUAAACGUUUGUUUUUGGCCGAAAUCAAAGGCCGAUCAAAUAUGACCGAUUAAUAAAAGAAACCUCAGUCGCCUGACAUAUUUUUUUUUAUAAGUUGAAAAACGUGUCCAAAAAAAUGUAAUGAUGGUUUUAAAAAACUUACGCACUAAUCUAGAUUGAUCACUAGAAUUUUAACUGUUCGCACGUAUCAAAUUAAAUCAGGUCUUACCGCGACUCUUAUGCCGCUUGACUGGAUUGUGUUACAUCUUUGUGUUACUGACGUUUUUCAACAUGAGGGGAAGGUACACGCUUGGUUUUGCCGUGUUAUGUUUGUUGACAUUGGCCGUUUACGUGUCAGAGAGCAGCCCGACCGACAAACAAGCCAAACUCAGACUGAUUUCCAUAAUGCGAGCAAGACUCAAUAAAUCACGACAGAGCCAGAUCUUAAAGACACGACAGGGAUCUACAGUGAAUAAUGACAGACGCCAGCAAAUGCAGGCGGAUGAAGGUAUAAACCCCAGGAAGGCAUUGGCACAAAAAAGACCACGGGGUGGGACUAGAAAUCCAGUCCAGCAAGAUGAUGGAACACCUGCAUCCAGAGUGUCCCGUAUCCCAACCAGUGCGGGUUCUCAAAAUGUGUUGGCCUCAUUUGGGGGGAAGAAUCGCCUGCUGGUCAUUUCCGCACCUCACGAAUCUGACGGUUACUACAGGUUAAUGAUGAGUCUGCUCAAACAAGAGGUUUACUGCGAGUUAGCAGACCGCCAUGUGCAUCAGAUUGUGAUGUUUCACCAGGAUGGGGAGUUGGGUGGGAAAAUCAGACGGAUUACUAAUGAAGGCAAAGUGAUGGAGGAACCUUUAGACACCGCUCUUAUUCCCAGGCUUAUGAACUAUCUUAAAUUAGAAAAAGGAAAGUUUGGAAUGGUCCUGCUUAAAAAGACUCUUCAGGUGGAGGAGCGCUACCCAUACCCGGUCAGAUUGGAGGCGAUGUAUGAAGUUAUCGAUCAGACACCUAUGCGUAAGAUUGAGAAGGUCCGACAGAAAGGCUUCGUCCAAAAGUGCAGAGGAGCUGGGGUGGAGGGUCAGGUGGUGGAGGGCAUCCCGAGCACUGGUUUGGACCCACCAGUAGAAAGGAAACCAGAGAGAAAAGACGUCCGAAAACCGAUUCGCAGGCCGUCUCAGACGGCAACUACAGCCGCCCCCGUUCCAACAAGACUGAUAACCACUACAACCACCACAACAACUAAAGCAACUACCACAACCACCACGCGGCCCACUACUACGACAACCCGUUCCACUACGACCAAAACAACACGACCGACCACAACAACGCGACCCACCACAACAACAACUCAGAGGACCACCAGAGCUCAGACCACCCCGCAGUGGAUCCCGGCCGCCAAAAUCACAGCUGAUCCACACUACUACAACCGUAGGGGUAGAUACCAGACAAAAACGACCACCUCACCCACCACCCUUCCUGUCUAUUACAGCAAGGCUGACACGGGGAAAUACGGUGAAAACCGCACAGAUAGGAAAGAAAACAGUAACAAAUAUACUAAUGUCAUACCUACGCAACACAAGCCCUCUAAAGUUAAGCCAUCUAAGAAAAGCAACGGCAAUAAGGGAGUAAGUAUCGCUUACGAGGAUAAAUAUGAUGUCAGAGAAACUACCGAAGUCUAUCCUGAAGAGAAGGAGGAAGAGAUCGUGCCCGCUAAGAAAGGCAAGGGCAGGCAGGACAAAACGGACAAAAAAAAGAAAAAGGACAAGACGGAGAAGUUCGCAAAGAAGGAUAAAGCGGAGAGGAAAGGAAAAGGCGGUAAGAAGAAUGGGAAGAAGGCUUCAAAACACCACGAUAAAGAAGAGUAUCAGAAACCAACAAAGAGACCACCGCCUCCCCCACCACCACCUAAAGGAACUCUGGGAACAUUUUUGGACUAUUUUGAAAACAAAAGAAGACUUAUUUUGAUUACCUCUCCAAAAGAAGAGAGCAACAUGUAUGUUCAGCAGAGGGAUGAAUACCUGGAGCAUGUGUGUGAGAUGGCCAUCAGAAAGAUCUCCAUCAUCUCUAUCUUUGGCGCAUUGACAAACAGCACAAUGAAGAUAGAUCAUUACCAGCUUGAGAAUGACAAACCCAUGAAAGGUCUGAGACAGGAGGAUUUGGAGAACCAGGAUCUCAUCACGGAACUGAGGAAAGCGUACGGAAUGAUCUACAAUGAUUUCUACGUCGUCCUCACAGAUGUCGACAUGAAAAGAAAGCAAAACUAUGAUGUCCCAAUUGCAAUGAAAGCUGUGUUUGACUAUGUCGACACGUUUUCCUCACGGAUCAGAGAAAUGGAACAACAGAAACGUGACGGGGUGUCGUGUAAAAAAGAGGACAAGCCAAGAUCAUUGGAGAACUUCCUCUCCAGGUUCCGCUGGAGACGCAGGUUGUUUGUCAUAUCUGCACCAAAUGAUGAGGAAUGGGCUUAUCAGCAGCAGCUAUACGCACUGACCAGUCAGGCGUGCAACCUGGGACUUCGCCACGUAUCAGUAUUGAAGCUGAUGGGGACAGACCUGGCAGACAUGGGGGGAGUGUUGGAGCUUUACCCCAUCAAUGGGAGUGCAACAGUGGAGCGCGAGGGCUUAUCUGCCACUCUGGUCAAAGACAUCAGAAACUACUUCCAGAUCAGCGCUGAGUACUUCUCCAUGCUACUGGUGGGAAAAGAUGGAAACGUCAAGUCCUGGUAUCCCUCUCCAAUGUGGUCCAUGGCCAUUAUCUACGACCUUAUCGACUCCAUGCAACUACGUAGACAGGAGAUGGCCAUCCAGCAGUCUCUAGGCAUGCGCUGCCCAGAAGACGAGUAUGGUGGCUAUGGUUACCAUCAUGGCUAUCAUGACGGUUACCAGCAGGGCUACCAUUAGGGUUAUUAGGGUUUAUCCAUGAACUCUGUGUUUCGGGGUAAGAGAAAACUCUCAGAAUAUACCUUUAAAUGGUUCUAU